AUGGUUUGCUGUAUCUUCUUGUCUUUGUUCAACGUUUUGAAGGGAAAUCGUGCUGUGGUUACCAUCGAGCUGAAAAACGAUGUGCAACUCCGUGGAACAUAUCCUUUUGCACUUUUAUCAUCGUUUUUGUCCUUCAUUUGCAGUAUUGACUCAGUUGAUCAGUUUUUGAACUUCAAGCUCGGAAAUGUGGAAGUUGUGAAUAAGGACCGCUUCCCCCAUUUAAUUCCCAUGACGAGUUGUUUUGUUCGUGGUUCUGUGAUUCGAUAUAUCCAUCUCACGAAGGCUGACAUAAAUGAAGAUUUGCUUCUGAGUAUAUCCUUGUGGAAUGACAGCAAUUCGAGUAUUCCUUCACGCUUACGCCGCGCGAACCGAAGCAGAUACUAUGGCAAACGAAAAAUAGCGUGUUUGUUCAAUCAAAAAUAA